AUGGGCUGCGCAUGUUCCAGCGGCAGUGGCACUGGUGGCAUCAGUCUUGAACCGCAGGAAGAGAUCUGUGUCGGGGCAGAGGUUUGCUGUGGAAAUGAAGGCUUUCUCAACCAAGAUGGACCGUGCUGCAGCAAUCUGAGCUCGCCCCUACUAGGCAAAGACUACAAAGAUGUGGAGGUUUCGGAUGAGACCUCAUCCUACUCCGAUGAAGAGGAGCAGCAGGAGGAGCAAGACCAGAAGCCACAGCCCUUGCCCUGGGGGCGCUUCGCCGUCCUGUGGGCGUGCAGCAGCCUGGCUUGCGGUUUGCUGCCAGGGCAAUCGCUCUUCGUGGAGAUGUUUGCCGACUCCGGAGUGUUCAUGUCAAGCUGUGCAGAUGGGAAAACUGGAUGCACGGAUCAAGUUCUUUUCCUCACCUCCAUCUUCGGCGCUGGACAGAGCCUCGCCUACGGCUUUUCGGCACCAAUCGGCCUACUCUUCGACAGAUGGGGGCCGAAUGUCACGGGCGUAGUGGGAGCAAUCCUUUGUGCCGUUGGUUUGCUGAUGGUGUCUGGAUCUGUUCUGGGUGCAGUGACAGGCUACGACGCGCAGACCUCGUACCUGUUCCUCAUCGGCAUCUUCACAUGUGACUUCGGCUCUCUUCUCAACAGCUUCUCGUUCAUGGGCCUUAUCUGGCAUUUUCCCGGGAAGCAGACAGUGGUGCUUGCUUUGAUCAAUUCUACCUACCAGGCCUCGGCAAUGCUUCCUAUAGUUGCGCAGGCGAUCAUGCAUCGUUUUGGCUUAACUCUCUCCAACAUAAUGCUCACUUGGACGGUGAUGGUCGUGGCAUGUAUCUACUGCUGCUGGCUGUUCACUCCCACACAGGCCGAGUAUUACCAGCAAGCAAAAAAGGUCCUGGGCAUGCCCUUGCCGAAGCCACCGAAGAAGAUGAAACCCUGCGACAUGUUGUCGCGCGGCGUUAAAGUGCUGCGGCAGCAUCGGCAAAGGCACGCUGUCUCAGCCAUUUGUCUGGCAGUUGGCUUGAUGCUGCCUCUGAUGUAUUCUGCCCUAGCCGCUCCUUAUGGCACGGUCUUGUUUGGUCACAAGUCGGAUGGCAACAGGCUUGCGGAUAUCAACGUCCUGUGUACAACAAUCGUAGGCUUGGCAUUGGGCCGCUCUGUGGGAAACUUUGCAGACAUAUUUGGCUUGCAGGCCAUCGUCGUCAUCCUAGCCCUGCUGCAAGGCAUUUCAGUGGGGCUGAUGGGUUUGGCAAGUUGGCCCGCGCAGAUUCUCUGUGCAGCUGCCCUUGUGCUCUUUAUGUCUCUGUGGGCCAUCUUGAUCACGAGAUACAUACUGCUUUACUCACCUCCAAAUCGAAUUGGUGCUGUGAAUGGGGUCUUUUCAUUGGGCGUCACGCUCAUUGGCAUGCCCAUGCAGUUGACCGGAUUCUGGGUGACUUCGAUUCUGCCAUCAGGUCUAGAUGCAUAUUGGCUCCCAAUGUUUGUCGUUGGCAGCACCGGCACGCUUGGAUUAGCCGCCUACUCCAUCUACUUCCAUAAGUUCCCCCCUCCGAGCAGUCCGGUUUUACUUCCCGAAGACGAGUCCGAGUUGGCGAAAGGAUUUGGCUGCAGAAACCUCGAGGAAGUGUGCGUCAUUACUCAUACCAAGACCAAGGCUGAGCUCGUCAGGAAGCUGGCCUCCACGAAGCCAGAAGACAUGCAGAGCCUCAUCAAAAGCUUCGAUGUGAAGAAAAUGAUGGAGAUCACGACACAGCGACCGGUCAUGGAUCUUGCUGACAUGAUAGAGGCGAACGACGAAGACGACGAAGAUGAAGAGCCGGAGGAGGAAGGGCCCCGGACGACAGCAGAAUUGGAGGCAAGGCUAGCGGCUUCCAACUUGCAUGAACCACAUCUUCGCUCCCGCGGCUGCUACCUGGCGCGGAUCAUCGCAGCAGGCAACAAGAAAGCACUUCGGGAGUACUUGCUCAAUGAACCAGUGGAGGGCAUCUUGAACGUCAAUGCGUACUUGGCCGAGCAGCAAACUGAAGCAGAGCAGAAGCAGCAAGACAGAGCCUUCAGCAAGUUGAUCUCCGGCAAGGAGUUCGCGGCUUUGCUUCGGCAACGUCCCGAGCUCAAACCCUUCGCCCUACAAAUGAUGAUGCAGGCGUUGGAGAAGAAGAUGGCUUCCACUGGCCGGAAGAGCAGGAAGUGA